AUACCCAUGCGUACCAAUUUAUUUAUCUAGCUUUAUCUCGGACAGGAAUCAGUGUUUACACAAUGUCCUCGUUAGAAAUACUCUUGAACAAGUAACGUAUAUCAUUUUCGACAAAAGUUUUUUUUUACCGAUAACUGCAAACAUGAACACCAUUUUUGCAGUACUUCUUGUUUUUGUUGGGUGCUGCAGCAAUGUUGUGUUUCUGGAACUACUUGUAAGAACGUUUCCAGGAUGUGGCAACAUUGUGACCUUUGCUCAAUUUGCCUUCAUUGCAUUGGAAGGGUUCAUCUUCGAGACGAACUUUGGAAGAAAGAAACCAGCUAUUCCAAUGAGCAACUAUGUGAUCAUGGUGACCAUGUUCUUCACUGUCAGUGUGAUCAACAACUAUGCCCUCAACUUCAAUAUCGCUAUGCCUCUGCACAUGAUCUUCAGAUCUGGAUCAUUAAUAGCUAAUAUGAUCCUGGGUAUAAUAAUUCUGAAGAAAAGGUAUUCAAUGAGUAAAUAUCUCUCCAUAGCGAUGGUGUCUCUGGGUAUCUUCAUAUGCACCAUUAUGUCCGCCAGACAAGUGAACACAGGGGCCGAGGGCUCAGAGGACCAAGAUGUUUAUGCCUUCCUGCACUGGCUGCUAGGGAUCGCCAUGUUGACCUUUGCUCUGCUCAUGUCUGCGAGAAUGGGCAUUUUCCAGGAGACCCUGUACAAGCAGUAUGGCAAACACUCCAAGGAGGCUCUCUUCUACAACCACUGCUUGCCUCUUCCUGGGUUCCUGCUUCUGUCCUCGGAUAUCUACAACCAUGGUGUCCUCUUCAGUCAAAGCACUCCUGUAGAGGUUCCUGUGAUUGGCCAGGCUGUUCCAGUGAUGUGGCUAUACCUGCUGAUUAAUGUAAUCACACAAUACGUGUGUAUCCGCGGCGUGUUCAUCCUGACCACAGAGUGUGCCUCUCUCACUGUGACCCUGGUGGUCACACUGAGGAAGUUCAUCAGCCUCAUCUUCUCCAUCCUCUACUUCAAGAACCCCUUCACCGCCUGGCACUGGGUGGGUACUGCCGUUGUCUUCCUGGGCACCCUGAUUUACACGGAGGUCUGGACUAGCGUCCGCAUGGCACUGAGAGGAAAAGAAGAGCUGAAAGAGAAGAAGGCGGAGUGAUACACAGCACUGACGUAUCACUCAAUGACUGAUUUCACUUAAUUCCUUGCAUCCUCUCUCCUUGCCUCAUUCUCAAAACACAUUGGAGAACAAGGUCUAGGGAGGGACCUGAGACAUUCUCUUCCAAUAUGACUGUAAAGUAGUAGAGGAGAGAGCAUGCGAGGAAAUGUCGAAAAGAGAAAUUAAGAUAGAGCCAAUGUCACGAGAGGGCCUCUGGCAGCACUGUUGUGUGUGUGUGUGUGUGUGUACUGUAUUUGUUGUAGGUGUGCUCCUCCCUUCUCUCUCUGCUGCAGUCGCAGUGGGACCACGUCUGUUUUUAAUAGGAUCAUAAUUAUGUAUUUUUUUUGUAAGGAUUUUCCUAUUUCCUUAGAAAAGAUCGCUUCCCAAUAGGCUUCCCGCUUAACCCAUGUUUAAGGACAUCACUUAACAGUGGAGGCUGCUGAGGGGAGGACGGCUCAUAAGAAUAGCUGGAAUGGCGUGAAUGAACAGGCAUCAAACACAUGGAAACCAGACCAUUCCACUAUUUCUGUUCCAGCCAUUACCACGAGCCCGUUCUCCCCAAUUAAGGUUACACCAACCCUCUGUGCUAGACAAACACUACAGUACCUAUUGACCGAAUAAGCAAAGGCAAGCUAAAAAUAAAAAUAUAAACACAUAUAAUAAUUAUAAUAAAAAAUACAUAUUUGUCCUCUGAAGACAAAGGGAUUCAUAAAAAUUAAAAUAAGGCAAGCUAUUGUGAAACUGAAACCGUACUGUUUUGUUAAUUUUGUUUGGUGAAAACUGUUAUUUAUUUAACUAAAUAUGAGGUUGGGGAUAUUCUGAUCUGUGUGUUAAUAGUGAGUUGACAAACCACUGCAUCAACAGAUAUUGAUGGGACACAGGUGGAAAGUGUUAUGUUAAUGUAUGUGAUACUUGUUCAUGUUUUAUUUUAGGAAUAUCUCAUUAGGAAACUGUUUGUCCUAGCAAAGUAGUACUUGGCAGGACCAGUAACUUUGUCAUGAAAAACAUCAAUGUGAAAAACCAUGCCAAUGCAUUUUUAAAAAACAACAUUUUCCUACAUUCUAGAAUCAUUACACCAUCCAUUCUCUAUCUACUGAAAUUGCAUUGUAUUAUAUAGUUUCCAUAUAUUACAUUUCUCUGUACGUAUAUUAACAUAACAUGAGUCCCUGAUAAUGGGACAUACUGUACUUCUUACGUCAGUUUCCGUGAAAAUGAAGACCAAUAGAAAGGGGUCUUGUUCAAGACGCCUUUUCUCAGCCAAUAGAAAUUACCAAUAAACAUUACUCAGAAGUGGGAA